AUGUCUGGCGCAGGCAAUCGUGAGCAAGUCUUUCCUACCCGGAUGACUCUUGGGUUGAUGAAGGGGAAGUUGAAAGGAGCCCAACAGGGCCAUUCGCUUUUGAAGAGAAAAUCAGAAGCGUUGACCAAACGGUUUAGAGACAUCACACAGAGGAUUGAUGACGCCAAAAGAAAGAUGGGACGUGUGAUGCAGACUGCUGCAUUCUCAUUGGCUGAAGUACAAUAUGCCACCGGAGACAACAUUGCCUAUCAAGUCCAGGAGUCCGUACAAAAGGCUCGUUUCCAAGUUAAAGCCAAACAAGAAAACGUUUCAGGGGUUUACUUGCCAACCUUUGACUCUUUUAUCAAUGAAGAAAUCAACGAUUUCAAAAUGACUGGAUUGGGAAGAGGUGGACAACAAGUUCAAAAGGCCAAGUUGGUUUAUACCAGAGCUGUUGAGACAUUGGUGGAGUUGGCGUCAUUGCAAACUGCAUUCAUCAUCUUGGAUGAAGUCAUCAAAGUCACCAACAGAAGAGUGAACGCUAUUGAACACGUAAUUAUCCCCAGAACAGAAAACACUAUAUCGUACAUUAACUCGGAGUUGGAUGAGUUGGACAGAGAGGAAUUCUACCGGUUGAAGAAGGUGCAAGAGAAGAAGCAGGAAGCUCAAGCUGCUGCGGAGCUCGAAGAGCAGGAACCCGCCAAGGAUAAGGCUGAAACAGAGUCCCAGAUUCAGAAACAAGUCGAGAAGUUGGACAUUGGAGUUCAAGACGAAUCUGAUAUUCUCCAGGAAAAUGAAGACGAUGUGAUUUUCUAGGAUAAUAGAGACUUUUUAAGAUUCGAAGAGAAUGAUGUUGCCAUUGCUCCUCUGCUUCUGUUUCUCCUUGUACGCUGGUGUAUGCCAUUCAUUUCUCCAUACGUUUACGUUUAUUUCAUGUCAUUCAAUAGAUAGUUGAUUUCUAUAGUACUCGUUUAUUCAAUACGAAAAGUUG